AUGGCAGAAGAAUAUGAACAUGAUGAGGAUGUAGCUAACGACGAAGAGAAUUUGGCGUACACACCGAUUUUAAAGCUUAAGGACUGCGGCAUAAAUGAAUCAGACGUCAAAAAGCUUUCAGAAAAUGGAUAUACUACUGUCGAAUCUGUAGCCUUUUCACCCAGAAAAGCUCUUUUAACUAUAAAGGGAAUUUCUGAAGCAAAAGUUGAUAAAAUUUUAACAGAAGCUGUAAAAUUGUCACCUAGAAUGGGUUUCGAAUCAGCCACCUCAAUUCAAAAAAGAAGGUCUGAUUACGUUUAUAUAUCAACCGGAUCAGAAGCUUUAGAUAAAAUUCUUGGAGGUGGUGUUGAAUCUGGAUCUAUUACUGAAGUGUUUGGAGAAUUUAGAACUGGAAAAAGUCAACUUUGCCAUACGCUUGCCGUUACAUGUCAGCUCCCAGUUAACAAUGGUGGUGCUGAAGGAAUGUGCAUUUACAUAGAUACUGAAGGCACGUUCCGUCCAGAAAGAUUAGCAACUAUCUCCGAACGUUUCGGUAUGGAUGUAAAUGAAGUUUUGGAUAAUGUAGCCGUUGCACGGGCUUACAAUACAGAUCAUCAAAUGACUUUAUUGAUGGAAGCUGCUGCGAUGAUGACUCAGUCAAAAUUUGCACUUUUAAUCAUUGAUAGUGUUACAGCUUUAUAUAGAACAGAUUAUUCUGGUCGAGGUGAACUUGCUGCACGCCAAAUGCAUUUGGCAAAAUUUUUACGCGCCCUACUUCGUUUAGCUGAUGAAUUUGGAGUCGCGGUAGUUAUUACAAACCAGGUCGUAUCAUCAGUCGAUGGAAAUAUGUUAUUCCCCGGCGCAACAGAUAAAAAGCCCAUCGGUGGAAAUAUCAUUGCUCACGCGUCGACGACAAGGCUGUCUCUACGUAAAGGCAAGGCUGAUACACGAGUUUGCAAGAUUUACGAUUCUCCAUGUCUCCCAGAAUCGGAAGCAGAGUUUAGAAUCGGAUCAGGUGGAAUUGAAGACGUAAAAGAUUAG